AGGAAAUCGAUGAGGGGCACGACGAAGCUGAAGCUGACCAAGUAAACAUCAUCAUAUUGUCGUUCCUAUAAAGAGCCUCAUGCGAUCUACGUCUUAGCUUGCUUACACGAUACCCAAUUAUUUGUAUAGACCUUUUCUAUAGCGUUAAGCUGUAUUCUCUAUUAUACAUAUACUAGUUACAAGCAACGAGUAACAAAUCCUCUUUAAAGCUUCAUUAGCUAAGGUAGUAAUACCCCCUAUUAAAUGCAGCAGCAGCAACAACCCCCAAGUUUGACUUAACCACAUAUUCAUCGCAAUACCCCAUUAGUUAUAGACUUGGGUAAUUGCCCCUCCUCUAUACUACUUUAAAUACCUAUAUACUACUAUAAAUACCUAUAUACUAUAUACCUACAUAUUUCCCACCCCAUGAGUUCCUUCAACGCAGCCAAUAACCUCUCCGGAACCGAAACCCUCCACAUCCAUCUCAGAGUUUCACAAUACAAAGAGGAAACCAGCCCUCCUUUGUCCAUGCCCCCCCCUCCAGCAACCACGCCAGUACCCCAACCCGUCUUUAUGCCCGGCAUGUCUCACGCCGUAGAGUCCCCGGCUCCGGCUCCGGCUCCAGCCCCGUCCGCCAUUCCCACGCGGCCGAAGGGCGGCGAGACACCGGACGACAAAAACCAAGACACCUCUUCCUCCGCCACCGAGCUCCCGCGCCUACGUCUACAUGUCCAAGACAUCGCACACCCGGGGUCCUCGAUAUUCCUCUCCUCCGUGAACGCCGCCACCGUGCUAUGCAGCAGCAUCGAGUCCAUCCACAAGCAACUGUACUCCCAAUCCCCUUCCUCGCCCCCGCCAACGCGUUCCGUAACCCUCAUCUUGCGAGACAUGGACGGUGUAGCCUACACGACGGGCUCGGACCUAGACUCGGACCACAAAGAAAUCCACUUCUCGCUCCGGUACAUCUCCUCCAUCGCCCCGUCGUCCCGGCAAUCCGACGAGAUCCACGGCGUCCUGCUGCACGAGCUCGUCCACUGCUACCAGUGGAACGGACGGGGUCGGGCACCGGGGGGCCUGAUUGAAGGCGUGGCCGACUGGGUGCGCCUGCAAUCCGAUCUCGCGCCGCCGCACUGGAGUCGGGAGCAAAUCCCCGCGAAAUGGGAUGUCGGGUACCAGGGCACGGCAUAUUUCCUAGAAUACCUCGAGGACCGGUUCGGCAAGGGGACUAUACGCCGGAUGAAUGAGAAGCUACGGAAGGAAAGGUACGAGGAGAAGGCGUUCUGGACCGAGCUAGUUGGGGGACCGGUAGAGCAGUUGUUUGAGGACUAUAAGAAGACAUUACUAAAGGGCGAGUAGAAGGAUUAAGUCUAGCCACCACUAAACACCACGAGGGUUGUAAGGGUAGAGUAUACCGAUAGAGAGAUGACUAGAAUUCCCUAGAGACUGAGCGUAAGA